AUGUUACUAGAUAAUUCACAGAAAAGGUAUGAGGAGGUUCUAAAAAAAUCUAACACUAUUAAUGUUUCCUACAGAGGUCAAAUUUCUGGAUGUGGCCUUGCAUAAUACAUUGCUUCAAAGAUUAAAGAACACUAUGAUGAUACAUCCAAGAGGUACAACAGACUGUCAAUAAGAUUGAUUGGUGAACAGGCUAUAAAUCUUGCUAGGUAUGGCUACAGACUAGUUGACAGUCUUCGUCUGCCAGAUGAGUCACCUAACCAGGAACUCACAAGACUAGCUUUGUCGAAGGCAGCUGAGUAUUUACGAAAUGCAGGUGGGUUAUUCAACAAGAUUCAUACUAACCAAAGUGAAGUCCUUCAAUUGCAGGAUUACUGUCAGUUGUAUUUCAAUCUCUCGGCAUUGUUUUUUAAUAGUAAUGUGAAUGUAACUGUUUGGACAAUGGGGUACGCAAUACCCUAUCAUGCUAAAUUUUUAUUUGACACAUAUAAAGUUGGCUUUGGCAUCAUCUCAUUGCAAGCCAAAGAAUCUAAACAUGCUGGCCUUAAGGAGGAACUUGCUUUGACAAAUCAAUCAAAUAAGGGUGCUGGUGCAGGUAAGUGGUGGCAAGUAAUGAGAUCAAAUUGCAUAAGAGCAUUUUAUUUGCCAGAGCAUCHGCCYUCACCCCCCUCAUACAUAUCUCAUUAUAAGUCCCGAAUACCCCCUCACUGUGAAGAUUCUAACAUCUGUGAUUGUGGAAGGGAACUCUUAGGUGAUGUCUGUAUUGUUUGUACUAACCCUCUAGUUCAUUUUGUUGUCACAAGUGCCCAAGAGCAACAUCAUAUCCCUGAGGUUAUUGAAAUAAUGAAGCCUGUUAUUUGCAAAGACUGCAGCAAAAGGUUUGCAGAAAAUUUGAUGUUSACAAAACAUAUGAACWUGCAGCAUAGUGGUAAGGAAACUACAAGCAGAGUUAAGUCUAUAAAUCCAAAAUCUUUGUCAGUCAGUGAUUUAAAAGAAGAACUUAGGGCAAGGGGUUUGUCUGUAUCUGGAAAUAAGCAAGUAUUAGUGACACGAUUGGAGGGUAGAUUGUCAAGUGAAUAA